AUGGAAGACCCGAAAUGCAGAUUAUCUCCGACGACCUUGACCAUUUUCAUUCUCCAUCUCAUUUGCAUUCAAAGCAUCUCCCCUGCUAAUGGUGCUAUUGCAGGAGCUGACACGAGGAGCUCGUUGUCGGCUUAUAUCAUCCAAGUACGAAAGCCAACGGACAUACAUCUCGCUACUAUAGAGGAUCUUGAUACUUUUUAUCGGUCAUUUUUACCCGCCACAGCAGCCAGCUCUAACCAAGAGCGAGGAAUAGUUCACUCAUACCGACAUGUGCUAUCAGGGUUUGCAGCCAAAUUGACGGCCGAGGAAGCUAAAGCCAUUCGAGAGAAGGACGGUGUUUUGGCCGUGCGUCCGGAGAAGGCGCUCUCUCUACACACAACCCACAGCCCCGACUUCCUGGGAUUGCACCAAGGAGUCGGGCUCUGGAAGGACUCAAACUUCGGUAAGGGCGUGAUCAUCGGAGUACUGGACACGGGGGUUUUCCCCGACCACUCUUCCUUCAGCGACAAGAACGUGCCUCCACCCCCCGCCAAAUGGAAGGGCAGGUGUGACUUCGACGGCACGUCUUGCAACAACAAGCUCAUCGGUGCGAGAUCUUUUAUCAGCUCGAGUAACACUGUGGCCCAAGCCGAUCCACCAUAUGAUAGUGAGGGCCAUGGCACACACACUUCCAGCACAGCUGCUGGUGCUUUUGUGAGGAAUGCCAAUGCGCUCGGUAAUGCCAAUGGCACGGCCUCAGGCAUAGCACCCCUUGCGCAUUUGGCAAUUUACCAGGUUUGCAGUUCUCUUGGGUGCAGUGAGGGAGACAUAUUAGCUGGGUUAGACGCUGCCACCGAAGACGGUGUCGAUGUGCUUUCCCUCUCUUUAGGUGGAAAUUCCCAACCGUUCUACAGUGACUUGAUCGCAACGGGUGCGUUUGCCGCCACCCAAAAGGGCAUCUUGGUAAGCUGCUCCGCGGGGAAUUCGGGGCCAUCCAGCGGCACGUUGUCAAACGAGGCACCCUGGAUUCUCACUGUGGGAGCAAGCAGCAUCGACCGCAGCAUAAAGGCAACGGCGCGGCUCGGGAAUGGGAAGGAGUUCGAUGGGGAGACCUUGUACCAACCGAGCGACUUCGAUCCGGUGCCACUUCCCCUUGUUUAUGCUGGAGAAAAAGGAGAUCCAUCCUCGGCCUACUGCCUUACCGGAUCACUGGGAAACCGCUCGGGCCUCCGAGGGAAAGUGGUCGUGUGCGACAAUGACGGAACUGGGCGACGCGAUAAAGGUCAGGAAGUCCAGGACGCAGGUGGCGUGGCCAUGAUCCUCGUGAACAGUAUCGAUGGUGGAUACACCACAUUUGCCGAUAGGCAUGUUCUACCCGCCGUCCAUGUGAGUUAUGCCGCUGGGAGUGAUAUCAAGCAAUACAUAAGCACAGCGUCAGCACCGAAGGCCACGAUCCUAUUCAAAGGCACGCACAUCAACGGGAGAUCUGCCGACCCGGCUGUAACAUCCUUCUCUUCUCGCGGCCCCAACGCGCAAAGCCCAGGCAUCCUCAAACCAGACAUCAUCGGCCCGGGCUUGAACAUUCUAGCCGGUUGGCCAUUUCCUUUAGGCAAUUCUACGGACAAGAAGCGUGCAUUCGCUGUGCUCUCCGGGACCUCCAUGUCCUGCCCCCACCUCAGCGGUGUGGCUGCGCUGCUCAAGAGCGCGCACCCCGACUGGUCGCCAGCGGCCGUCAAGUCCGCCAUCAUUACCACUGCAACCACCUCCAACUUGAAGGGCCAACCCAUCGUGGACGAGACGCUCCGUCCAGCGGACAUUUUCGCCACGGGCGCUGGACACGUCAAUCCAUCAAAGGCCGUCGAUCCUGGUCUCAUUUACGACACCGCACCGCAAGAUUACAUUCCUUACCUUUGUGGCCUCGACUACACCGACUCCGAAAUCGAGCGCAUAGUUAAAGAAAACGUCAAAUGCUCAAGCAUAAGGAGCAUACCCGACUACCAGCUCAACUAUCCAUCGAUCAGCGUGAGCUUCGACGGUUCGGCGACGAAGGUCAGCGUGACAAGGACGGUGAGGAACGUCGGACCCGCGCAGUCACGUUACCGUUCGGUCAUUGACCCAAUCAAGGGUUUGGACUUGAUUGGCGUGCAACCACGCGAUCUGGUGUUCACAAAGGCGAACCAGACAGCAAGUUAUAGGGUUGACUUUACGAGGAGUGGGAAAGCUAAGCCGGCCACACCCUAUGCUUGGGGGGCGGUCACGUGGGUCUCUGCUAAGCAUUCGGUUCGAACCCCAGUCGUUGUUAGGUUUGCGUGAUCGUUGGGAAAAUGAAGUCGAUAAAAAGGGUAGCCGCUUGAGGACUGACGUGACGAUUGUUUAUUUUGGCUAUUCUCCCUAUUUUUUCCGUCUUGAAUAAUGAAUAAAACAUUUCACAUUUGAA